GCCGUGCGCGCCGCCGCCGCCGCCCAUGAGCGCCUUCCCCGGGGAGCAGCGCCGUCGUUAGGGCGGCUCCGGAGCCUCGGCUUCCCCCCCGGGAUAGGCCCGCGCCUCGCCGGGGAGGAGGGGGGAGCCGGCGGAGGCGCCUCCCCAGUCCGCGUCGGCGUCGCUGCGACCCUGGAAGCGGGAGCCGCCGCGAGCAAGAGGAGGAGCCCCAGCAGCAGCAGCAGCAGCAGCAGCAGCGGCCGCCAGCGCCAGCGGGCGGGAUCGAGGCCGUCAACAUGGCGAGCGCCUCGUACCACAUUUCCAAUCUGCUGGAAAAAAUGACAUCCAGCGACAAGGACUUCAGGUUUAUGGCUACAAAUGAUUUGAUGACAGAAUUGCAGAAAGAUUCCAUCAAAUUGGAUGAUGACAGUGAAAGGAAGGUAGUAAAAAUGAUUUUGAAGUUACUGGAAGAUAAAAAUGGAGAGGUACAAAAUUUAGCUGUCAAAUGUCUUGGCCCUUUAGUGAGUAAAGUGAAAGAAUACCAAGUGGAGACAAUUGUAGAUACCCUCUGCACCAAUAUGCUUUCUGACAAAGAACAGCUUCGAGAUAUUUCAAGUAUUGGUCUUAAAACAGUAAUUGGAGAACUUCCUCCAGCUUCCAGUGGUUCUGCUUUGGCUGCUAAUGUAUGUAAGAAGAUAACUGGACGUCUUACCAGUGCAAUAGCAAAGCAGGAAGAUGUCUCUGUUCAGUUAGAAGCAUUAGAUAUAAUGGCUGAUAUGUUGAGCAGGCAAGGAGGACUUCUUGUUAAUUUCCAUCCUUCAAUUCUGACCUGUCUGCUCCCCCAGUUGACCAGCCCUAGACUUGCAGUAAGGAAAAGAACCAUUAUUGCUCUUGGCCACCUGGUUAUGAGCUGUGGAAAUAUAGUUUUUGUAGAUCUUAUUGAACAUCUGUUAUCUGAGUUGUCCAAAAAUGAUUCCAUGUCAACAACAAGAACCUACAUACAGUGCAUUGCUGCUAUUAGUAGACAAGCUGGCCAUAGAAUAGGUGAAUACCUUGAGAAGAUAAUUCCUUUGGUGGUAAAAUUUUGUAAUGUUGAUGACGAUGAAUUAAGAGAGUACUGCAUUCAGGCCUUUGAAUCAUUCGUUAGAAGAUGUCCUAAGGAAGUAUAUCCUCAUGUUUCUACCAUUAUAAAUAUUUGUCUUAAAUAUCUUACCUAUGAUCCAAAUUAUAAUUAUGAUGAUGAAGAUGAAGAUGAAAAUGCAAUGGAUGCAGAUGGUGGAGAUGAUGAUGACCAAGGGAGUGAUGAUGAAUAUAGUGAUGAUGAUGACAUGAGUUGGAAAGUGAGACGUGCAGCUGCUAAGUGUUUGGAUGCUGUAGUUAGCACGCGGCAUGAAAUGCUUCCAGAAUUCUACAAGACUGUUUCUCCUGCACUAAUCUCCAGAUUUAAAGAGCGUGAAGAGAAUGUAAAGGCAGAUGUUUUUCAUGCAUACCUUUCUCUUUUGAAGCAAACUCGUCCUGUGCAAAGUUGGCUCUGUGACCCUGAUGCAAUGGAGCAGGGAGAAACACCUUUAACAAUGCUUCAGAGUCAGGUUCCCAACAUUGUUAAAGCUCUGCACAAACAGAUGAAAGAAAAAAGUGUGAAGACCCGUCAGUGUUGUUUUAACAUGUUAACUGAACUGGUAAAUGUAUUACCUGGUGCCCUGACGCAACACAUUCCUGUACUUGUACCAGGUAUCAUUUUCUCACUAAAUGAUAAAUCAAGUUCAUCAAAUUUGAAGAUUGAUGCUUUGUCAUGUUUGUAUGUAAUCCUCUGUAACCACUCUCCUCAAGUCUUCCAUCCACAUGUUCAGGCUUUGGUCCCUCCAGUGGUGGCUUGUGUUGGAGACCCAUUUUACAAGAUUACAUCUGAAGCACUUCUUGUUACUCAACAGCUUGUAAAAGUAAUUCGUCCCUUAGAUCAACCUUCCUCGUUUGAUGCAACUCCUUACAUCAAAGAUCUAUUUACCUGUACCAUUAAGAGGCUAAAAGCAGCUGACAUUGAUCAGGAAGUCAAGGAAAGGGCUAUUUCAUGUAUGGGACAAAUUAUUUGCAACCUUGGAGACAAUCUGGGUUCUGACUUGCCUAAUACACUUCAGAUUUUCUUGGAAAGAUUGAAGAAUGAAAUAACCCGCUUAACUACAGUGAAGGCAUUGACAUUAAUUGCUGGGUCACCUUUGAAGAUAGAUUUGAGGCCUGUCCUGGGAGAAGGAGUGCCUAUCCUUGCUUCAUUUCUUAGGAAAAACCAGAGAGCCUUGAAACUUGGUACACUUUCUGCCCUAGAUAUUUUGAUUAAAAACUACAGUGACAGCUUGACAGCUGCCAUGAUUGAUGCAGUUCUAGAUGAGCUUCCACCCCUUAUCAGCGAAAGCGAUAUGCAUGUUUCGCAGAUGGCGAUCAGUUUCCUUACCACAUUGGCAAAAGUUUAUCCCUCUUCCCUUUCAAAGAUAAGUGGAUCCAUUCUCAAUGAACUAAUUGGACUGGUGAGAUCACCCUUAUUGCAGGGUGGAGCUCUGAGUGCCAUGCUAGACUUCUUCCAGGCACUGGUUGUCACUGGAACAAGUAAUCUAGGAUACAUGGAUUUGUUGCGCAUGCUGACUGGUCCUGUGUAUUCUCAGAGUACAGCUCUUACUCAUAAGCAGUCUUACUAUUCCAUUGCCAAAUGUGUAGCUGCCCUAACUCGAGCUUGUCCUAAAGAAGGACCAGCAGUCGUAGGUCAGUUUAUUCAAGAUGUCAAAAACUCACGAUCUACAGAUUCUAUCCGUCUCUUAGCUUUGCUUUCUCUUGGAGAAGUUGGCCAUCAUAUUGACUUAAGUGGACAGCUGGAACUAAAAUCUGUAAUAUUAGAAGCCUUCUCAUCUCCUAGUGAAGAAGUCAAAUCAGCUGCAUCUUAUGCGUUAGGCAGCAUUAGUGUUGGCAACCUUCCUGAAUAUCUGCCGUUUGUCUUACAAGAAAUAACCAGUCAACCCAAAAGGCAGUAUCUUCUGCUUCACUCUUUGAAGGAAAUUAUUAGCUCUGCAUCAGUGGUAGGCCUUAAACCAUACGUUGAAAACAUCUGGGCCUUGUUACUAAAGCACUGUGAGUGUGCAGAAGAAGGAACUAGAAAUGUUGUUGCAGAAUGUCUAGGCAAACUCACUCUAAUUGAUCCAGAAACUCUUCUUCCACGACUUAAGGGAUAUUUGAUAUCAGGCUCAUCGUAUGCCCGAAGCUCGGUAGUUACGGCAGUGAAAUUUACCAUUUCUGAUCAUCCACAACCUAUUGAUCCACUACUAAAGAAUUGCAUAGGUGAUUUUCUAAAAACAUUGGAAGACCCAGAUUUGAAUGUGCGAAGAGUAGCCUUAGUCACGUUCAAUUCAGCUGCACAUAAUAAACCAUCAUUAAUAAGGGAUCUUCUAGAUACUGUCCUUCCACAUCUCUACAAUGAAACAAAAGUUAGAAAGGAGCUUAUAAGAGAGGUAGAAAUGGGUCCAUUUAAGCAUACAGUUGAUGAUGGCCUGGAUAUUAGAAAGGCAGCUUUUGAGUGCAUGUAUACACUUCUGGACAGUUGUCUUGAUAGACUAGAUAUCUUUGAAUUUUUAAAUCAUGUUGAAGAUGGUUUGAAGGACCAUUAUGAUAUUAAGAUGCUAACAUUUUUGAUGUUGGUACGACUAUCUACCCUUUGUCCAAGUGCAGUACUGCAGAGGUUGGACCGGCUUGUUGAGCCUUUACGUGCCACUUGUACAACUAAGGUAAAGGCAAAUUCAGUAAAACAGGAAUUUGAAAAGCAAGAUGAACUCAAGCGAUCUGCCAUGAGAGCAGUAGCAGCACUGCUAACCAUUCCAGAAGCAGAGAAGAGUCCACUGAUGAGUGAAUUCCAGUCACAGAUCAGUUCUAACCCUGAACUAGCAGCCAUCUUUGAAAGUAUCCAAAAAGAUUCAUCAUCCACUAACUUGGAAUCAAUGGACACUAGUUAAGAUGUUUGUUCAGCUUGGGGACCAUUAUAUUUACCAUACAAUGCACUGAAUUGACAGGUUAAUCAUAAGACAUGGGAAGAGAAGUGUUUAAAAGCUUCAUAAUGUUCCACUUUUUUUUUCCUUCAUGGAGACGGUUUGGCUUUCUUCCAUUGUUUUUGUAGCAUUUAUUUCAGAAAUAUGUAUUUCCAUAAUCUGAAAGUUGUAAAACCACUAAUGUUUUUGUGGUUAGGGCAACAUUUAAAAUGGAAACUAAAAGUUAGGCUUUAUGGAGAAUGGAAAUAGGGUCCAGUAUCUAUUUGCCCUGUAAUGUUUAGGAUUAAAAGUUAAAAUUUUGUGACCAUGAAUUCCUUUCUUUUAUAAAUUUUCUCUUAUUUAAAAAUCAAAAAUUCUGCAAGACAAAAAACCAUGUUUCUUUUUCUUGUAUAACUUGUUUCAGCAACAUAAAUUGAUUUUUAGCUGGCAGACAAUAUCUGUGUAAAAUUUAUUACAUUUCAGAGGGUUUGGCAGUUAAAAAUAUGUAAUGAGGUAUUUUUUUUUAAGUAUGGGGAUUAAUGACAUCCCUGCUGCACACACUAAUUUUGCAUGAACAAGUUUACAAAUAUGUAUUGUCUAUAAAGCAGCAUGUGCAGAUUAUUCAUAAUACAAAAGUUAAAAUAAGUAUUAUUGUAUUAGUGCAAUUUUCAGAUAUUUAUUUUUGCACAGAAAACAUAUCUGGAGAGAGCGAGAGAGAGAAAGGAGUAAAUUUUUGAAACUUUGGUUUUCUUAAUGCCAGUGUGAAUUUGCAGAUGUUUUCAGCAAAUCAAGUCACAAUAACAAUUUGCCACUUUUUUCUAUUAUAAAUUUUAUUAUACAGUUAAAAUUUGAAUAUUUAAGUAUUCAGUUUUUCUCAGUUGACCAUUGUGUGCGUGUGUUUUCAUCUAGAAAUUCUUCCACUAUCCACUGUCCUCCCAUCCCAACUAGAAAUUCUUAAAGCCAGAUUUUUCUUUUGUUGCCUUUGGGUUUCUACAUUCCUUAUCAAAUCAUACAAAUACUGUAUGCUUUGGAGUUUUAGUUUUAGGAAAAUUCUGAAACCAGCUGUCACAGGUUUGUUAGCUUACAAUAGUAUUUUCUUUUUUUUGCGCCAGAUUCCCCCCUCUCUUGCAGAGCUCAUUUACUUACUGUAUUUGAUGAUAAGUGUUGACUUCUUUCCUGAUUAAGUUGUCUGCUGGUUGGGGGGGGGAAGCUUUGCAAUACCUAUAUUGUAGUUAACAUUCCUUCAGUGAGCUCAUUUCACACUGUAGCCUCUUCAAAUUUGUGGUGCUCCUGUAAUAGUAAGAGCUAACUUCUGAAAUAAGAGACAUCUCCCAAUGCUGUGCAAACAGUUUACAUGUAUUGAAGGAGGCAGUUGUUAAAUUGAGUGACCAAUUUGAAGCAAUCAGAUAUUUGAAAACUGCACCCUUUAUUUUUGAAACUGUGAAUUAGAAGUACUUUUUAAAAUGCUGUAUUACUUACCUGCUUUAACAUCCAAGUAUGCAGUGAUUUUAAUUGAUAAUGUACUGUGGUUUUUAGAUUACCAACUUGACUUCAGAUGUUCAGAUAAUGCUAAGAAAGAAAUCCUUACCAAUAAGGAUUUUGACUACAUUGACAUGAUAACAUUACAUGAAGUAGGUGCCAUUUCAAAAUGUGGCAGGUGAUAAUCUUAUACCAUAACUGCAUAAAACUGUAAAAGAAAUUUAUUUUGAGAUGUUAGUAUAUUAUGUAUUAUGCAUUAUGUGGUAUAGAUGUUGUGGAUAUAUUUAAAUAUUUGGUUACAUGGUUUCACAAUAAAUUACAAAUCUGCAGGCUGUAGGACCAAAUAGGAGACUUAACAUGCAUAUGUGUGUGAAUGUCUUAGUUAAUUGUCUAAAGUUAAAUCCAAAUACUUUUCAUUUAUUGGAUUUCUCUCUUAUUUUAAACUUCCAAGGCUCUCCCCGCCCCCCCCCCCCCAACACCCCAGCGCACACGCACACACACACACACACACACACACUUCUUAAGCCUUGCAAAAUUGGCUAAUUCUAAUACAGCUGAGAUUCUUUCAAAAUACAGAAGAAAAAGUUGUGAACAGUUUGGGUUGUGAAUAUGAUAUUGUUCAUAUACGCAGUUGAUCCUUGAACAAUCGUUGUUAGAACUGAGUGGGUCCACUUACCUGCAGAUUUUCUUGAAAACAAAUAACAAGCUAUAUUUUUAAUAUUUUCUUUUCUCUAGGUUACUUUCUAUAUGAUAUUUAGAGCAUAUAAAAUAUAUAUUGUUUUUAUCAGUAUGGUAUUUUGGUCAAUAGCCAUUUAUUAGUUAGUUUUGAGAAAAUUCAAAGUUUUACAUGAAUUUUUGACUACAUGGUGUUCAGUACCCUUAACCCUAUUAUUCAAGGAUCAGCUGCUUAUGUGAAUGGACAUAUACAUUAAAAGAAAUAACAAGAUAUUCAGAUUUUUAUGUGGAGUUAUGCUGAUUAACUGCUUUUAGUGAAAGUGAAGUCCUGAUUAUAGAAUGGGAGUGGCAAGGUUUUGGGGUCUUGUUAUAGUUGGCCACUCCUAUUACUUACUGGUCUUGUAACUAUGAGGAAGUUCAGUUUUAUGUGUAGGUUCCUCGUAUGUGGUUCCUCAUACGUAAUAAUAAGAAAACAGUUCUUUGCUGACUUGAGGGCGUUUAAAUUUGUUUAAAUCUACCUGAUUUCUUUCAAAAAAGAUUGAUACAAAGUUAAGUUUUGAGGUUAGGUGAUUUUAUAAAACAAAGGCAUAAAGAAAAUUUGGUAUGACGGCAUAAUUUUAAGUUUUUUUUAAAAUACUUUAUAAUUUUGUAAGUGAUACCAAAAACUAAACCAUUGGGAAAUUUAUAAAAUAUUGGGGUAUGAUGAUUUCAUCUAAUGUUUGCAAUAUUGACAUAGUUUUUAGGGAAGUGUAAAACAGCCACUUAAAAUAUAUAUAUAUAUACUUUGUUUAGUAAAUGAUGUAAAGAAGUAACAGGUACAUACCCAGUUCUAAGGGAUAUUAUGAUCUUUAUAUCAAGCUCUAUUUCAGGUAUAAAAUGUGAUUGAGGUUCAAAAUAAUGAAAUAAAUAAAAUCCUCAAGUCAUAAAAAAAAAUUUUUAUUUGACCAGGGAUGUUGGUAACUCAGUGAUAGAAUGCAUGCCUUGCAUGAGUAGCACCUGAGUUUGAGCCCCAGCAAUGCAAAAAUAAGAUGUGCCAAAAUGUUGAAUUGAUAAUUACCAAGUUAUAUUUAGCCACAUGACAAAGUAUAGUGAUAGUUAAUAAAGUCGAAGUGACAUUUUUUACACACAUUAAAUUUUACUUAAAUUGUUAAUUACCUGCCAAUCUUAAUAUUAGUGUUUUGAUAUUAAAGAUCUUAAAUUUCAGUAAAUUUUGUGAUAAAGCUCUUGAACUGAAUCCUCAUCUUCAAACCACUGCCACCCCAGGCAUGUUUUUAUCUGUUUUUGAAAUCUUAAUUUUCCUUUGUGGAAUGGAAAAUGGACAGUGUAGUAAUAGUCCAUUUUUCUGUUUAGAAAAGGGUAUCCUGGUUUUAAUUGAACUCUCCAUUUAACUAAAUUCCUUUGUACCUCUGACUGCAGAAGUGGAACACAAUGGAUUAGGUGGCAAGUUGCCAAAAACUCAAGAUUUGGCCAUUUUCUUAGGAUAUGCAAUGAAAGUACAUUUUCCUUUUACAAUAAAGUUUCUUAUUUUCCCAUUGAUACUAGAAAAAAAUUGAAUACCUAUACUAUGUAUAGUGUAAGGCAGUCUAUCAGUAUUAUGUUUUUGUCCUUUACAUCUUAGAAAAUUGCUGUAAAUUUUAAGUGAGAUUUGAUGAUAGGACAUUAAAAACAACUUGCAGAUAUUUUUACUUUCUAAGACCCCAUAACAUCAGUGUGAAAGUUUCAGAAUGAUUUCAAGUAUAAAGAUUUAUGCUUGGGGAGUCCGAAAAACCCUUUAAGAUCUUAUUUCAAAUGAUUAUCAGUAGUGAUUUUGGCUAGUUGAUUUCUUUCUUUUAGGUCUUAGAAGAGAAACUCAUUCUCAGUUCUUUCCAGAUUGGGGAAUGUAGAAUUCAUGUACUCAACCAUUAUAAACAAUUGAUGGUUGAUACUCACAGAUUUUGUUCUAAAACGCUCUCAUGAGGAAAAAACUUUGUACUCCAGAACUGUGUGAUGCCAUGGUACCAUUAUGUUAUAAUAGUCUGUAAUAAUCCUGUUGUUGUUCUAAAGCUAUUUUUACGUGUUUCUCCAACAUUUCAUUUUUAAUAUAAUCCCAACUGCUUACUUGGCAAGGGCAGCUAAAUGUGUGUGAUAAUAGCUAACUAUAAUCCUAGUAUAGUAUAUUUUAAAGACACAAAGUGUGCUUUUUGCUUGAAAAAAGUUAACAUCCAUGAUCUAAGUUAGGUUUUCGUAAAAGGUCUGGAAAUAAAACUCCUGGUUCCUUAUUCUAGAAAUAAAAUCCAUGCUUUCCUCCAGAAUUUAUGCAUCAGUAGAAUUGCAUGUUUUUUUUAGAGCAGGAUAUUGCAAGUGGCAAUAUUGGCACUUUGAACUGGAUUGUUCUUUGCCGUGGGGGAGGGGAGUUAUCUUGUGGUUUCUACAAGGUACUGAGACUUCUGUCCACUUAGACCCAGUGGUAUUGCUGCUGCCAACCUAGUUGCAACAACUAAAUUCCUUCCUGCUGCUCUAUAGUGCCCCCAAGUGGAGGUAAGGACUGGGCAAAGCACAUAAUUGCUCCAUUUGAGAAACCACUGUUUUAGUGGGAAAAGUUUACUGUUCUAGCAUCUUUAUGUAACUAAGACUAGGAACAUUUAGAAGUUUUCCUUGACAGUUUUUCAAAUUAAGUACUGCUUCUAAUCUAUAUUCUUCCAGUUAUAACCAUCGUGGUUUAGUGAAAAUAAAUUUCUAUAUUAUAUAUCAAUAGUACAUUUUCCUUAAAUUCUUAUUUUGAAAAAGCUGAGGAAAGCCAUUGUUUUAAGUAAAAGCUUUUCAAAGUUAUUUGCAUUCUCUUCAAGAGAAUAGUUGUCCAUUAAUUUGCUUUUGUGACUUAUAACUUGUUUCUCAGUGGGGGUAAUUUUCUGUUGAACUAUUGUAAAUAGACAUGCCAAGUGGUGAUAUUUUGUGUAAUUUCAAAACAAUAUAUACUUGAACUUUGCAAGCAACUAUUAAACUGACUAUAGCAGGUUUUCGCUAUUUUUCAAGAAUUGGUUGAUGUCUGAAGAGAAUAAAGUGCUUUUUUUUUUAAAUGAAAUUUGAUGCCCAUACAGGGUUUUAAAGACUUCUGGUGGUAGGCAACUGUCAAGAAAACUACUAUAAAUUGUUUGUUUACUUAGGGGCUGGAGAGAUAGUAUAGCGGAUAAGGUGCUUCCCUUGCAGAUAACGAACUGGAAUUCAGUUCGUGGAACCCCAUAUGAUCCCCUGAGCAGCAACAGGAGUAAAUAAACUCUGAGCACCCCAGUGUGGCUCCAAAAGAAAAAAAGUUUUGAAAUAAAACAUAGUUUUUUAAGCUUCUGAACCAUUUCCAUCUCAGUGGGAAAAACAGACAUGUUGAAAUACUAACAUGGCUGAGUUUGGAAACCUUGAAAAUCAUUCAAUAGCUCUUAGACUUUAUUAUUAGUAAU